AUGCAACCAUAUCCAUAUGCUGGCUAUUCAAAUGCAAACGGUGCAACAAUACCCGUUGGUUAUAUGGCACCAUAUAAUUAUCAACCAAAUGGUGCACCAUUGGUCAACAAACCUUCUGAUCGUCAUGCUGGAAAAUCAUCAUCCAUUCGUCCUUCUCAAUAUACAUCACAUUAUCCAUCAAACACUGUUCCACCUGGAUAUAGAUCAGGAUAUCCUCCAACAGGUUUUCCACCACAGCCUAUAUCAACUAUGAUGCCUGGUAUGCCUCCCAAUCAACCGUAUUAUUAUCCUUCUAAUGGAUUGAAUCCUACAGUACCACCACCUGGUACAAAAACAAAGACAAAUGGAUAUACAAUGGGAUCAGAUGGUACACAAAAUGAAGCAAUUAAAGGUCUUGUUUCUAAUAGUAAUAUCAAUGAUUUAUUAAAUCAUCAAGGUACAAAAGUUAAAGUAUCAAAAAUUUAUCGAAUAACAAAAACAAAACCUGAUAUUCAUAAAAAUGAUUCAAGUGAUGAUGAUUUAGAAAAAUUACCAUCUGUAUCAGCUCGAACAGGAACAACUAAACCAGCAACACAACCACCAGUAUCAGCUCAACGUAUACCAUCAGUUGCAUCUAGUUGUAGUCAUUGUUCAACAUGUAGUAAUUGUUCAUGUUCGGAAUGUCGUAAUCAAGAACAAGGAAAUUAUCAUGAUGAUUGUUCAGAAUGUCGUGCAGAACGAGCACGUGAACAAGCACAACGACAAAAUCGUAAAUAA